ACUGAACAGGAUUGGUUGCUGGAAAGAACAGGUGGAACAACACAGGUGGGCUGGUGCGCCGCAUAUACAUAGUCCACGCGAAGUUCUACAGUUCACAAGUGCUGCCUGGUGUGUGCACGUCGUCGUACUUUGCUGCUCCUUGUGUUUAUAUAUCGAGCGUUCGCUGUGUCACUAACGUUAAUCAUAAGCAACCAAUUAAGUGACCUCAACUUCAAAUAAUUUAUUGUGGUGCCAUCUUGGAAAGUAAUGACAAAAAGCACAUAAUUUUAUUAAGGAAUCGCACUUUUUGAAUUGUUGAGUAUCAGUUUACCAUUUUUUGUUUGGAGUCUAAUUUUAAAAUUUCUUGCCGUCGAGGAAUGACAUCAAUGCCUCCAGUUCUGCCUUACUACAGCCCACCUGGUCGGGAAGGCUUCCCGACGCGCCCCAUCGUGAUGGCCCCAACACACAGCGGCCUCACGGCCAUGACACACGCUGGGCACAACAGCCCAUUUCCCCCCACGUCUUUUGAGGCAGUGGCCCUGGCCGCUGCCGCCGCGGCCCGCUACGGACCCGGGGCCAUCCUCCCAACACACGGAGCCAGUGCCACAGUCAGCUCGGCCCCACCUUUGUCCCACGUCCCCAGCAGCAUCACCAACAUGGCCCCUAUUAGACAGUACGACAUCUUCCAACAACAGACGGCGACCAUGGCUAAAAUAUUAAGUUUUUGUGGGACAGGUUCCCUGCGACCUUCCGGCAUGAUCGGAGGAUCCAAACCUAAAGUGGCGACUCCUCAAGUUGUCAACAAAAUUGAGUCCUACAAGCGGGAAAAUCCUACAAUUUUUGCAUGGGAGAUCCGUGAUAAGCUCAUCUCUGAGAACGUCUGUACCACCAACACCGCCCCCUCCGUGUCAUCCAUCAACAGAAUCCUCAGAAACAGAGCCGCCGAGCGCACGGCAGCGGAGUUCGCGCGUGCCGCGGGCUGCAACUACUACGGCCUGCUGCCCGUAUACCCCAACCUAGCGGGUGUUACCCCCGCCUUGUACGGGGGACCUGGGGUGCUGUCCACCCUAGCGCUGCCCCCUGCACCUGGAGGGCCUCCGUGUGUUUACGGACCCAUCAGGCCCUUUGAUAAGCCCCCCAGCAACUCCUGGCCUCUCCCCGACCAUCUCAGAGAUGCACGCGAUCACCACGAAGCUCUGCAGGAGCGCGUGGGUGACGAGAGCGAAGAUGAUGACAGACCCCAGAACUCCGAGUCCAGUUCUCCAGUCCACUCCACCCAGCCCGACUCAAACAAGAAGCGUCCCAAGUCCCGCACCCCGCUGGCUGCUUCUUCACCCAGCGCCAUUUCAUCGACCACGACCACACCCCCAACCAGCAACAAAAGCAGGAUCAGCUUCAGCGUCGAAUCUUACAUUCUUGGUAAUCCACAACCGACGACUUCUGCAAACGACACACCAACAACCUCAACCACGACUUCUCCUGCCUUUGGAGAGGAACAAUCGCCUGUGAUAUUGAUGAGCCCCUCGAACCCCCCUUUAGUCUCCUCCCUGUCCCCCGAUAUGGGGCCCUCGAGACUAAACAUGAGCAAAGUCUCGAGAUUCCAUCCCUGGAUAGGCAAUCAAGUGAGUCCGCGGUAGGAGGCGUUUUACGUGCAAUCAUCGAGCUGUGCAAACUUAGCUGUAGAGUAACUAAUAGGGACAGUACGCUUUUGUUGAUUGUUUGUAACGUUGUUUCAACCGGUAUUUGUAAUUAUGUGUACAUUUUACUUUAAUUUGUGCCUUACUUUUAGUGAUAGGUAUAGACCUGGUUCGGUCGAAGUGGUGAUGUUGUAUUCGUCUACACCCAGAAGUAGAUGAAUUGCAACUCAACAUUUUCUUUUUAGUGUUUUUAUUCAAAACGACUGUAUAUUUUUGAUAUCUAAACUAACCUAACCUGGCAAUUUUAUCAUAAGUCGAAAAUGCCUAAGGCAUUUUCAAUAAUUUGACCAGAGAUGUAAGAGUGCAAUACUCUAUACCUUUCAAACAUUCAAUGAAUCAUUACCCCAGGAAAUGCACCCGCAAAUUAAUUUGCUCAUUUCGACCACGAUGCAAGCUAGUGACAAAUUAAACUAUUAAUUAUACUACCCCGACAAUAAUCGAGGGAGUUUAGGCGACAUGCUGCGGGCGAUCAAAAUCAUUUAAGUGUCGGGAGUGUUUACCCUACCGAGGUAUCCUGCUACCCCGACCGCAGGCCGGUGCUGCAGGUAGCAGCGAUCACCCGCGUGUGAAGAAGUUGGUAUGGCGCGCAAAAGCCGCGCAUAAAAGGGAACACGCGCGCCAGGCCCGUUUACACUAGGGGCAACGACAUGGGCGGUGAGGCGCUUGCUGCAGCGCCUCACCGCCCACAACCGUUCACACUUAAUUUUGUACACAGAAGCUCGAGACAGCGCGCUCUGAAGAUUAGAUGCCAUUUAAUAAGACAUUAGUGGAGAUGGAUAUGACCGAAUUUGAGCUCCGGGCCAUUGUUCUUGGGUGUGCUGCUGUUAAGAUUUACACAAACACGAUUUAUACAAUUACAUAAAAAAAUUACCAGUUGCGAAUGCAUCAGACUUUCAAAAUUAUA